AAAAGACGUUUGGGCUUCAUCUGGAACAUUCUCUCAAGCCUAGUCUUCUUCAUCACCCUCCAUCUUCAAAGAGCAAGCUCUCUUUUCUUCCAAAGAUGGCUGGAAUCGCCUUUGGCCGCUUCGAUGACUCCUUCAGUUUAGGCUCUCUGAAGGCAUAUCUUGCUGAGUUUAUCUCAACCUUGCUCUUUGUUUUUGCUGGCGUUGGCUCUGCCAUAGCUUAUAACAAGUUGACAUCAGAUGCGGCCCUUGAUCCUGAUGGGCUAGUAGCAAUUGCUAUUUGCCAUGGUUUUGCUCUCUUUGUUGCUGUUGCCAUUGGUGCCAACAUCUCCGGCGGCCAUGUCAACCCAGCAGUCACCUUUGGGUUGGCUCUGGGUGGUCAGAUCACCAUCCUCACUGGCAUCUUUUACUGGAUUGCCCAACUUCUUGGAUCCAUUGUUGCUUGCUUCUUGCUCAAGGCUGUCACUGGAGGCUUGAGAAUUCCCACCCACAGUGUUGCAGCUGGAGUUGGAGCUAUUCAAGGAGUAGUGAUGGAGAUCAUCAUCACAUUUGCUUUGGUUUACACUGUCUAUGCAACCGCAGCUGACCCUAAGAAGGGUUCACUUGGCACCAUUGCACCCAUUGCCAUUGGUUUCAUUGUUGGAGCCAACAUCUUGGCUGCUGGACCAUUCUCUGGUGGAUCCAUGAACCCAGCCCGGUCCUUCGGGCCAGCUGUCGCCAGUGGAGACUUCCACGACAACUGGAUCUACUGGGUUGGCCCACUAAUUGGUGGUGGCCUGGCUGGACUUAUCUAUGGAAAUGUGUUCAUGCAAUCUGAACAUGCACCGUUAUCCAGUGACUUCUAAGCUUAGUUCAAUUGCUCUGCUCUUUCAAUCCAUUGGUCAGUGCAAUAAAAGAAGGGAUAGCUGUUUUUGCUCCUUUCUUUUUAGCUUCAUUUUCCUUUCUUUUUUUUUUUUUUUGGUUAUUGUUGUAAAGUUUGUUGUUGUCAAUCGUUGCUUUGUGGAAAUGGAUGAGGUUGGUGAUGCGCAGCCACUUUCUUUUAAAAAUUUGUCGUCUGCUUUACUG